AAGAGAGAAAUGAGGGGACAGAGUCAGAGAGCGACAGACAGAGAGAGACAGAGAGGGGGAAAGAGAGAGUUGAAGAAGGAAGAGCGUGCUGCUACUUCACUUAGUGCCGUUCCUGUCUGAUUAAUGUGAGAAAAUUAUGGGAUAUGUGACAGGAAUCUUCAACAACUGUAGAUCAAUUUUUCUGAACUGGCAAUCUUCACUAGAUUCUUUAUUUGAAGAGGCACAACUGUUCUAUUAGAUGAAUUGGACAGAGGGUUGUCGUUGCCUUGUAAGAAUUAAUAAAACCAUUGGAAGGAGGUCAUCAUUGUAUCAUUCUUUAAAUAAAAACCAAAAUGGUGCUUUUACCACCGAGAAGGUUUGCAUCGUUCCUGACUCGCAAUCUCAAAGUGGAUGUCUUCCGGCAAGAUCAUUGUGGCAAUAUGGUUUGGGGGGUGGGGCUAUAGGUUUUCAAGAAAGGCUGAUCUUAGCAAGACCUCAUGAUUGGAGAUUUAAGUUACCUGGUUGUUUAGAGAGAAAUUUUCCUUGGUCAACACAGAGCAUGAUAACUGGUUCCCGCAAAUUUGGACACAUUGUUGAAAAUGAUACUGACUUGAAUAGGGAUUUUCUUGUACAGCUUUGGGUUGCCGAUAGGAAAAUGAAAAAUUCUAGGGGAAAAAGAAGACGGAAAAUUGUUAAGCAUGGAAAAUUUGGUGGAACAGCAUAUGAUAACCAACAUCAAUAUGGGAGAUGGUAUUCAGGUACAUCUCUUAGUGAAGAGAAUGUUUUGGACCAGGGUAAACCAGUUUUGACUCAAGCACCUCUCAGCCAAUCUGUCUCAGGUUUUCUGAAGCCAGAAUCUCCAGAGGAGGCCCAGGUCGCACCGCUUCUUGCUAGGUCCAAUUUGCUGAUUACUAGGGAUAUAGAGUGGGCAAAUCUUGUGCUUGGUUUUGAGCAGGAAAACCGGUAUGCAAUAGUAGAUGUGUGCUACCCCCAGUCGCCUGUAGGUUUUAUUCGUGAGCAGAGUAAUUUCAUUUUCAGACAGUUGCUUCGGCUAAGGCGCCCUUUUGUUGCUUAUAUAACUGAUUCGAUGGGUAAUGAGCUCUUCAGGGUUCGUAGGCCUUUUUGGUGGAUAACCAGCUCAAUUUACACAGAGAUUGAUGGUAAGGAAGUUGGUGUGGUUCACAGACGAUGGCAUCUUUGGAAGAGGGUGUAUGACUUGUACCUUGGGAAGAAUCAGUUUGCAGUGGUUGAAAAUCCUGGCUUCUGGAAUUGGACAUUUACUUUGAAAGACAUUGAUGGGAAAGUGCUUGCCGAGAUAGAUCGCGACUGGAGGGGUUUUGGCUUUGAGAUCUUUACUGAUGCUGGUCAGUACGUGAUCCGGUUUGGGAGUUCUGAUCCCAGCUCCAAGACUGGUCCGGCCAGAGUGAUACAAGAGUUGGAAGUUGCCCGUCCACUGACUCUGUCAGAGAGAGCUGUGGCUGUUGCUCUUGCUAUAUCACUGGAUAAUGACUAUUUCUCAAGACACGGCGGCUGGGGAUUACCUUUUGUUGCAGUUGGUGAGUAGGUUUGGUUUGCAGUAUCCUUAACCUGUGGUUAUUUUCUGUGUUUGCAAUUUGGGAAGGAUAGUAGUAAGCCAAGCUACUUUAGAGCUCCUACAAGGUGUUCUUGUUUCAUUACUUCACCCCACAUUCUCAACUCGUAAGUCUACCCUUUUUUUUUCGAGUACUUCACCAAAUAACUUGCUUUCAUGGCUCUGCCUUUAUAUGUGGUUGUUGCUGUUGCUGACCAUGAUAAAUAAUGAGAUGUCGAAAUGACAACAUCUUUUGCUGAGAGAAUGUAUCAUUGUCAAGACCUGGUUGGUUAACUUGUUUCCAGUGUUUGAAAGUAUUCUAUGGGUAUACUGUGUGGAGGCUCGAGUGUUUUGCCACUGUAUCAUGACCAGGAAAUGAAAACAAGAUUUCUGUGUUUGGGAUAUGAAAAGGUUGUAUUUGGUUGGGAAAGGAAAGGUGUUUAAUUAUUUCUGUUUUUAUCU